AUGCACCCCUCGAGAAAGAGGGAGCAAGUGUGUGAUGGAUAUAAAGGCUGGCGACGUCGAUCGGAGCCGCCGAUAAGAUUCGCCACGAAAUGGGCCUUCCGUCGCCAAGAUUCCUCCUUUCUGCAGAAGCUGGUCGAUGGCCCUGAUCGCAUGGACCAAAAACCGCCGCCCGACGAGUACCUCGACCGCUUCGGCAACGUCGUCGUCGACGAUGACGACGACAAUUCCAAGGUUUCCUUUUUUCGAAAAUUAUGAUAAAAAUUUUUUUUUCACACAUUGUGUUGUGGUACUGGGAAAAUUUAUAGUGACCACUAUAGAGGCUCGCCAAGAACUACUUGGAGAGGACACUAAAGUGGCCACUAAACCCACCUCUAUAGUGGCCUCUAUUUUCCGUUUUAGUGACCACUUCAGUAGUUUUUCAUCCAGUAUUCCUUCCAGUAACUCUGAUAAUUUUAAAACAAGCAGAUUGGACCAGUUAUGUUGAUCCAUUGACCCCUAAAGUGGCCACUGAAAUUUUUAGUGGUUUAGAAGUAGCACUUAGACCUCUAUAGUGGCCACUAAUUUUUAACCCCUCAAGUGGCCACUAAAACGUCAAAACCCUAUAGCGGCCACUUCAAAUUUUCCCAGUACAUGGGCCAAGGAACAUUUUUUAGUCCGAAAAGGAUGCAAAAUUGUUUUUUCCAAGCUUUUUUUUAUAUCUUUUCCAGGAAAAUUGCCUUUUAUCUUUCUUUUUCUGAACCUUCUUCUUUUCAAGACCUUUUCAUCUCUUUAAAGAAAGGACUAUUUCCAUUAAAAAUACUUCAGAACGGCUUUUUUUGAAAAAAACACCUUUUUCAGGUAAUUUUUAGUCUCCGCCCUUGUAGAAGGAAAUGAUUUAGGUUUUCGUCCUACUUUGAAUUUUCUACAAUAAUCUUAGAAUUUAUUUUCCUUUGAUUUGAAAAUCAAUGAAAGGUUAGGACACAAAAGCAGACAAUUUUUUUUAAAUUUUAAUAAAUUCAGUUUAAACUAAAAAUUCAUCCUUUUCAAUUAACCAUCAAGUCAGGCAAGAAAGGUUUUAAAUUCAAGAAGAAGAAAAAAAGUUUUUCUUUUUGAGGUAUUUUUGUAAAUUUUGUGCGAUUUUUUUCAAUAAUUCGAGUUUUCAUGGAAUUUAUUUUAUUUAUCAUUCUCAAAGCUUCAUAACUAUUAUCAAAUUUUUUUAUCUUCAAAUUUUUUUCACCUAACAUCCCAUCUAAAAUCGAAUCUUACAAAUUAUUCGAAAAAUUCAUAUUUUUUCCAUAAUUCAAUUCAAAAACAGCAGAAUAAUCAAAGAUUUCCAGUCACUCCACGUGCCGCCUCUCUUCUCCUCACGACGGGUCUCGUCACGAAAAUCUAUACGGUCAUUAUCCGAAGAUGAGUAUCAGUACGCCUCCGUCAAGACGCUUUUCAUCAAUUUCUGCGCCAGGACCAGCUCCCACGGUGUUCCUUUCGUCGGGUAAAACAUGAUGAGUUUUCUCGAAAGUCUCGCUUUUUCCAGAACCUCUUCGUUUUUCGGCCCUUUCGUUUGGCUGGCCGUUUUCCUGUGCGCCUUGAUGUUCUUCCUGUUUCAGACCUAUUGGACCAUGUCCGAUUAUUUGCAAUAUAGGACUAUUAUUGAGAUGCAACUACGGUUUGAAGCAGGUUCGCUUUUUUCGGGUUAAUGUGCUCUGUUGACAGAUUUUUUGAGCAAGGGCUGAAAAAACUUAUAUUUGGGGGUAUCAUUUAGCGAAAGCUUGCUCUAUUAAAAAAAGGGAAAUAUCUGAGGAUUUUUUUCAUUUUUUUGCAUUGAAAUUUUUUUCGCAAAAAAACUUGAAACUAAAAAUUCGCCUAUUUUUUUCAAAGGAAAAGUUUGCUCUAAUGUUAGUUUGAAAGACUGCGGCUUUGGAGGCGAACUCUGCAGAAAAACUUGAAAGAAAUGAAAAAAAUGUUCUUAACGCAAUUAAAAAAAUUAAUAAUCUCAAGAUUGAGAAUUUAUUAAAAAAACACGAAAAUAGAGUUUUUUUCGCAUGGGCUUUCGCGUGGCUGUGCAUACACUGUAAACUCAGCUCACGCGCAUUUUAAUUUUAAUUUUUUUUCCUUCCUUUCUCUUUCUUUCAAAAUUAGUUCACACGUUUUAGCUUCAAAGUCAAUUUGUUAAAAAUUUUGGAAAAUAAAGAAAAAAACGGGAUGAGGUCAAUAUUAACAAUUUUCGGCUUCAAAAAACGUUUCUACAUCAGUAGGGCACAUUUUACGUAUUUCCUUUUUUAAGGGCUCUCUUUCAGAUAGCUUUGUUCAUUUCCCUAAAUAAGUUUUCUUUAUCUUCUUCUGGAACUUUUUUUUCGAGCUUUUCGAGCUACUCUCAGAAGACUUAUCAUCGAUUUUUCCUACCGUAUGUCUAAAUUUAUCAUUUUUCCAGCCCCUUUUCCCUGCAGCGACCGUUUGCAAUUUGAAUGCCUUCAAAUACAGCGAAUUGAUCCGCUAUGAAGAGAUCAAAGCCGGGGUCAGCUUUUUAUUCAUUUAUUUACGGUUCAUCAAGAAGAGAGCUUGCAGUUUGAAUAUUGGGAACGGGUGAUAAAUGCGAGAAACAUGCGGGAGCAGCUCCGGAAAGACGGCAGCAGCGAUGGAGGCGAUCUCAAGAAGAUCAACGUCAGAAAGUGCGGUUUUUCAAGAACAUAUUGUAGUUGGGACUUUAGGGUUUUGUAUUUUUGGUGUUUAAGUAUUUUUUUUUAGAGAAUUAGAAAAGGAAAAGCAAAAGGCGAAUUUAAAAGUAAGCAUGAAUAUACCAGUUUUUUUCAAAGCUUAUUAUGUAAUAUUCGAGAUGAAAUUCGUUUAUGCAGGUUUUUGGAUCAAAACUAGAUUAUUAAAAAAUAAAGUUGGUUGAGCACUGAAAGUUCGCUCUACUGAACUAUCUGCCCGAUUGGCUAGACACGCCAUUUUUCAAAAGUUUUUUAGCGAAGUUAUCCAGGAAAAGUCGUAAUUAGAAUUUCAGGAAGUGCGGUUUUCUUAAGAUCUCAUUCAAAAAAUAGUAGUGGCGACUUUAGGGCUUUUUCAUUCGUUUUCCGUUGAAGUAUAUUUCAAAAAAAUUCAAGAAAAAAAUCAGAAACUAGGCUUUUUCCAAAAUAAUAGCUUUUUAUCUUUUUUUUUGUAAAAGUUCAUGUGUUUCUGUAUCGAUCGGAGUCAGAUGAUUAAGAAAAAAACGGCUGGGCACUGAAAGUGCGCCCUACUGAACUAUCCCUCUGAUUGGCUAGAAAUGCCUUUUUUCAAGAGUUUUGAAGCAAUUAUAGCCAGGAGCCGUUUUUAUUACUGAGAAAGUUUUCAUGACGUCAUUUUAUGAAGAAAUGGAACUUGUUCCUUAAAAUGAGAACGGUGGGACUCUGAAACAGAAAUAAGUUUCUUUUCAGGAAUUUUUGCUCCUUUCGAAGUAAAGAUAUUUUGGUUUUUUCACGCCAUCAUAGCUCAUUUAUCACGGAAAAACUGGUUCAGAAAAAUGUCUUCUUCAGACGCCGUGAGAACGAGAAAAGAAGUUGGUCUUUCCAAUAGACGACGGCGAUGAGACGGGCGCCGAAUAUCAGCCGGUUUUCGUCCGAUGCACCUGUAUGAAUACCGAACAGUGUGUUCCUAAUAGAAAUCCUCUGGAGGUGAUAAGAAAAAUCUAAUCAUAAAAAUAAUCAUAUUUCAGACGAAUGCGUCGGUUUGUAUGUGUUUCGAAGACGUGACUCGGGGCCUUAUUUGGCCGUGUUAUCCGACCACCGCAUGGACUGUCAAGGUUUUCUUUUUAGAAACUUCGGUAGACGCUUCUGAGCAUUCCUAGUAACCCUUUGAACAAAAUCAGCCCUUUCAACUGACAAAGGUGCGGAAGUCGACACAAAUAGCUACCGGGUAGAAACUUUUAAAAAAGUCAUUCGGCGUAUGGUAAUCGGUGGUCGUUUUUAUGCGACCGGGUACUAUCUCUAUGGUACCUGAGUCAAAGGGCGAUGCAAGUAGCUAUAGUCAAUGUUUCGCAACUUGAAAGGCGAGGGAGGCGGAGUAAGGGGCGGGACGCGUAGCGUGUGCGUUCGCGGUUCUUGGCACGAGUUCAAUUCAAUUGCCGCCGACUAUUUAAAAAGCUCGGCAACCGCUCUUUUUCAAUUGUUUUCUAUUAUUUUAUGAUGCACACAUGAACACAAUCAAUAAAUAAUUGAAAAAGGAAUGAAAAAAGCGAAAAACGGGUUUUUCAAAGAGUAGAUAGCGGUUGAAUUGAACACGUGCCAAGAACCGCGAACGCACACGCUACGCGUCCCGCCCCUUGCCCCGGCCUCCCUCGCCUUUCAAGUCGGGUAACAUUGACUAUACCGGGUAGCUACCUGACAUUCCUGACUUCCACCGGAAAAUCUGGAAAUGCUUUCCGAGUUGUUAUUUUUUGUUUCAGCUUUACCCAAUAAGACCUUGGAAGACUUGAAAAGGUUUGAAAAAAAAAACUGGUGCAAAAUAAACGACCGAUGUGCCAGCCAGUGGCAAUCGCGAAUUUCAGGUACUUACCCGGUAGCAUCCAGAUACCGAUCAGGAACUAUCCAGGUAGAGAUAGUACCCGGUCGCAUACAAAUUUCCACCGGUUACCAUACGCCGAUUAAUUUGAAAUACUACCCGGCACCUGCUUGUAUCUACCCCCCGAUUCACCAGUGGAUCUCUAGACUUUCCGGUUUAUUUUACCGAGGUCCUAUAGUUUUCCAAAUACGGUCUGCAAUUAAGUUUCGGGCUCCAUGGCUAACUUUUGAAGUAAUUGCCAAAGUUGGAAGUGCGGAAAACGGGUGCAAAAUGGCCGCUAAAAGGGUUCCGUUUUGCGGCCUUUAUUGAGUCUAUCAUUAUUGGUGGGCAAAAAAGAGUCAUGAAAGGGCGAAAGAAGGGUAAAUAAAGAGUGAGGGUGCAAAAAGGGUGCUGAAAGGCUCGGCCAUUGAUGAUUUCCGAUUUUAUUACUGUAGCAAAUUUUGGUUCAAACACAGUCCCUGGUAAAGAUCAUUCUCAAUUAAAAACAAUUUUCUCAAAAUGGUCCAAAAAAGGUCGAUAAAGGCCGAUGACAGGACGGAAAAAGGCAGUAAAAAGGGAACCGUUGCCACCCGUCUGAGAACCAUCAAUGGAUACCUUUUGCACCAAGAAUUGACGAUAAAAGGGCCCGUGAAGGGUCCUCCCGACUUUGCCUAUGUAAGAAAUAAAGGUUCAAUACAGGUUCCAAAACGGAACCCUUUUAGCGGCCAUUUUGCACCCGUUUUUCCGCUCUUUCGACUUUGUUAGUGCCUCGGACCUUCGUAACAAAAACCAGAUUUGUCCCGUUUUCAAGCAACUCUAGGGAUUAAUCUCAAAUGCUUAAGUGACGCCUAGAAAUGCUCAGAAACGUCCGAGGUCCUAGAAAAUUGAUAAAAGCCGAUUUUUGAGGUGAAAUUUGAUACAAUGACCAUCAAAUUUUCUUGAAAUCUUUACAGAAAUGCACCCAGUGCUCAAUUUCCAACACCUGUGCCGAUCCCGACGGUCCAAACGUCACUAAAACUAUCAAAUCGACCGAACCGAGGGAAUGUCUCUGCCAGAGUAUCUCCCAUCAUUGUAUGGUCCAUCCGAAGGUUUUUCCAAUCGGGAAAAAUGAAAAGAAUUGGCAUUUUAGGGCGAAAUCCGAUGGUGGAACCCGAACAAUUACACAGUUUAUCCGAUUACUGAACCCCCGCCGCCGAUAGUUAUCGAGGAAGAAGAGGCUUUUGGAUAUGCGGUGAGGAAUCAUUUGAGAGAUAGUCUUUCUCGUGGUCACAGUACCUUUUCGUGCUGAUGUUUUAUUGCGCUUCACGAUGAUCCUUUAAUGAAGUCUUUUUUUUAACUUUUUUGUAAAUUCUAGGUCAAUAGGUUCUGCGUAUAGUCCGUUCAGUUCUUGGGUUUCUAUCAGCUAACUCCGCCCCCUAGCUAUAGUACCUUUUCGUGUCGAUUAACGAGAAUGAUCCUUCAAUAUUGAUUAAUUUUUUAACUUGUUUUUUUGAUCCUUUAAUAGCUCUGCUUUUUUUGACUUUUUCUAGAUUUUAGUUCAAUAAUUUCCACCGUAAAGUCUGUUCAGAUUUUCAAUUUCAAGCAAAUGACUCCGCCCCGUGACCACUGUACCCUUUCGUGUUGAUUUACGACCGUAGAUCCUGUAAUAAUACCUUUUUUCGAUUUUUCUAAUCUGAUAGCUUGAAAAAAACCAAAAAACUUCAACUAAAAUAUUGGAAAGUCUACAAAGUUUCGCUAUUAAAGGAUCAUCGUCGGUGAUAAAAAAAAACACCGACGCGAAAGAUACUGUAGCUCCGGAGGCGUAGUCAGGUGCCUGAAGUUCAAGAACAUCGGUUGUACAACUCCAGUUUUCAAAAAAUUUCCGGUCUUCUUGAAACUGGAAUUUGUCGAAAAUUAUAUACACUUUUUUGAUGUUUCUAGGCAGCUAUUUAACACCGGGAAAUUUAGAAAUUAUUAAUUUAUAUUUUUUUAAAGUUUUUUUAAAAAUUUCAUGUCUUCUAUAUCCAGGAUCUGAACGAUGCUGGUGCCAUUACGACCCAAACCAAGGAAAAUUUGAUUUUCCUGGUUUCCGCCCUGCCAAGAGAAAUUCGUCGGAACUUGUCCUAUACAUUGAAUGAAUUUGUCCUUCGAUGCUCCUUUAAUAGCAAGGAUUGCGAUAUGGCCAAGUUUGUGACUUGACGAGACAGAAAAAUUAAUUUUCUUGGAUUUUCAGCGACUUCAAACUUCAUAUCGACCCAGAGUACGGAAACUGCUACACUUUUAAUUUCAAUGAUUCGGUCGAAUUGAAAAACACGAGAGCUGGACCGAUGUAUGGUGAGUUUGAAUGGGAAAUAAUCUUUCAGAUUUCAAAAAAUAGCGAAAAUGUUAAGAAUAUUCUAAAAAAAAUGUUGAGGCGAAUUUAACAAAUCAAAAUUUUUCUUCUUCGAGACUUUCGUUUCGUGGAAAUUUUAGUCUUUUUUUUCUUUUCAAUAAAUCUCAUCUGAGAACUUCAAUACGCGCGACCUGUCCUCGUGCAUGCGCCUUUAAUAUAACAGGGCCUACAAUUUCCGUUAUAUUAAAGGCGCAUACACAGAAGAGCCAAAAGAAAGAGCCAAAAUAUUCCGUUUUAUUAAAGGCGCAUGCACAGAGGAGCCAAAAAAAGCUCAAAAUUUCCGUUAUAUUAAAGGCGCAUACACAGAGGAGCCAAAAAACAGAAAUUUAAAUUUUCGUUAUAUUAAAGGCGCAUGCCCAAAAGAGCCAAAAAAUAGAAAUUAAAAUUUUCGUUUUAUUAAAGGCGCAUGCACAUAAGAGCCUAAAAAUUACGUUUUAUUAAAGGCACAUACGCAGAGGAGCCAAAAAACAGCCUAAAAGAUCAAUUAUCUUGAAGGCGCAUGCCCAGAGGGGCCAAAAAAAGCUCAAAAUAUUUUUGUAUUGAAGGCCCAUGAGGGGCCUAAAACGGAGCUUAAAAAUUCCGUUUUAUCAAAGGGAGUUGGACGACCCAAACCCCGUUGGCGAGAUGACCUACGAGCAGUUCUUGGUGAAAGAUGGGCGACAGUUGCGCGAACCGACAAACAUCUCUUCAAAUAUUCCAUGAUUCAGCAGAUACAAGAUUACUCUGAGGACUGAAUAAAUGUUAAAUGUUAAAGGCGCAUGCCCAAAGGAGCCAAAAAACCGAACUAAAAAUUUUUCGUUUUCUCAAAGGCUCAUGAGGAACCUGAAAAGGCUGGAAAUUCCGUUUCAUCAAAGGCGCAUUCAAAGAGGAAACGAAAAAAAAAAGAAUUAUAAUUAAGGCACACUCACAGAGAAAAUCCCCGCGUUUCGAAGAGAAAAGUACCGUAGCUCUGAGAAGUGACAAGCUGGUCUGGAAUGGACUAUUCCUAUCAUUUCAGGUCUCCGCCUUCUACUUGACGUCCAUCAAGAUGACUAUAUGCCAACGACGGAAGCCGCAGGAGUUCGAUUGGUCGUUCAUGAACAGGUCUACCUUCUGAGAAACUUUUAAGAUAAAAAAAAAACACUUUUUGUUUUGCAUAAAUACAAAAAAGUCAAUUUCAGGACCAAGAACCGUUCCCCGAUACGUUUGGCUACAGCGCGCCGACGGGUUUCAUCUCAUCUUUCGGCUUGAAAACGGUAAUAAUUUCUAAGUUCUGGUAGUAGGGUGAGAGAGAAGCCGACCUGAAGAGACACCAGAGAAGUCAGACAUUUUUUUUCUCUCUGAAGUCUCUACGGGCAAUACGGAUCUCUCGCUUCUCCUCGUUUUUGUUACGCUUCUUAGGCUUCUUCUCGAAGGUAUCUUUUGAAAAAUAAGUAUUUUAUUGGGAUAAUAGAAGAGCCGCUUUUAGAGACGCCAGAGAGUCAAAAAGUUCUCUUUCUCUGGCGUCUCUUCAGUUACAACCAAUCUCUCACUUACUUCAUUUCCAGAAAGUUCUUCAUCGAUUGGACGGUCCGUAUGGUCAAUGUAGCGACACCUACAGACCUGAAGUCUACAUCUAUGAUGAGCAUUAUUCUCCGGAGGUUCGUGAAGAAGAAAAAAAAAUGGAAAACUCUAAGGAAAAUCAGAAACUGGUUAGGAAGGUACAGAAGAAAACUUUUAGAAUAUAGGAAAGUUGAGUUUUUUCGAGGCAAUCGAAAGACAGUUUGAGGAGGUUUUGUGUGGAAGACGAAAAAAGGAUCCGGAGAAUAACAAAAGCGAGAGACAGCGGUGGGCUGAAGAGACGCCAGACAACAAGAGCUCAUUGACGUGUCUGACAUCUCUUCAGGGCCGGUAUCAUCUCUCGCUUUUGUUUUUUGUUUUUUCUUUUUGCGUUUUCUUUUGACUCUUCUUUCCUUUCAUUUUUUUCGACAAGAAAAAUCUGAAAAAAAUAAAGCUGCUUAUCAAAAAAAUCAUCCAGUUUUUUUAAGGAGAUAUCAGAAAAUCUUUAUCGGUACUUUUUUAACAAUCUCUAACCACCGAAAACUAGGGCCUCAAGUUUAAAACAUUUUUUUGAAAAAAAAUUUGAUAGCUGAACCUGAUAAGGAAAUUUUCCUGAUAAUCUUUUUCUCAUGUGUAGGGCUGCCAUCGGAACUGCUUCCAACUGAAAGUCAUCGAAGACUGCAAAUGCGGCGAUCCCCGAUUUCCGCUCCCCUCCGAGGACCAGCGAUACUGUAGCGCCAAGUCUGUGGCCGAUCGUGAGCGUGUUUACAGUUUCAACGUCAAGCUGAAAAUUUCAGGCCAAUGCUUGUCGAACUUGACGAGCGUCGCCGGCGGCUACCGACACUUACAUUUGAAGUGCGAAUGCAUGCAGCCCUGUCAUGAGAACGUCUUCGAGACGGCCUAUUCGGCCGCCGCUUGGCCUAGCGUCAAUUUUAGGAUUGGUGAGGAUUUUUACAACGUUUAUGGAAAACAAAAUAACCAUAAGAGUUCAUUUUAUAAUGGGGAGGGUCAAGGUUUGAGAUUUAAAAAAAUCCUCAUUGUUCGACGAGUUAUAACUGAAACCGAGUUAUUUUUCGAGCUUAAGAACGCCUUUUUUCCCUUUCAGGUCAUAGUAAAUUGUAGAAGAUCAUGAAAUAGUUUUUCAUGGUUAUUUAGACACACAUCGGCCUCGUAAUUCUAGUAAAAAAAGAGCCCUUUAAAUUUUAGAUAAAAAUAAAGAGAAGGUAGGGAUUUUUUUCAGAAAAAUCAAUAAACCUGUUAAAUCACAGGCUAAAAAUUUGCUUUCAUUUUUCUCUUUAUCGUUUUUCUUCAAAAAAAUUUGGGACAAGAUUUCCUUCCAAGCGUAAUAAUGAAUCUUAGAAGGUCAUGAAAUAAGUCGUCACGGUCAUUGGAAACCGUAACCGAUGCGAAAUUCACGAUUCAAAAAUUAUUUGAAAUGACAAAAGAGACUAAAAAAACUUAUAAUAGAAUGGAACUUUGAGGACAGGAACCAAUAAAAUCAACUUUCUUGAGAUUUAUAUCAAGGUUUUUUGUUCUCAGCUCCCGUUAGGCAUUUUUGAAAAUUAAAAAUCUUAUUUUUCAAAAAGCUUUCUUGAUUUAUUUUAGAAUUUAUUCAAGAAAAAAAACUUUAAAACUAUUUUUGAAAAUCUCAAACACGAUAUAGGCCAUUCCGCGUCAGCUUGUCACGUUUUUCUUUCCGCCAAAAGGCCAGGUCAAAUUUGACCAACUUCGCUUCAAGACCUUUGUUCGUUGCCGUUAUAAAAGCAGAAAUUUGAUCAAACUUGGUAUAUGGUCUUUUUGGCGCAAAGAAAAACGUGACAAGCUGGCGCGGAAUAGGCUAUAUAUAAAUUCCUGACUGGCUCCUAAAAAUUUGCAAAAAACAUUAUUUGACCCAUUUUUUCACCGCACAAAUAAGUCGAUCUCCACGUCAUCUUUAUUUUUGAAGGAGCGAAUGUUGAAAUCAUUCAUGUAACAUUAAGAGGAUGAAAUUAUGUGAUUACAAUGAGAUUGGGAAAAGAGUAAUACGGAAUUAUAUUAAAAUAAUUAAUUUAAGUAUCGCGCAGCCGUUUCGGGUUAUAAAAAUGGUAAAAAGCAGAAAUUUGAUCUAAUUUGGUAUACGGUCUUUUUGGCGGAAAGGAAAACGUGACAAGCUGACGCGGAAUAGGCUAUGUCGGUAGAUUUUUCUCUUAUUUCAGCUUUUUUCAAUUUUCUGUUGCAACCUCGAAAAGUUCUCUAUUUUCAGGGGAUGAUUGCCCAGCAGUUCUGGACAUUUUCAACGAUUCCGAAGCUUGUACCGAGUACUACCGCGUUAACACGGCCUACAUUGAGAUUUACUACGAGCAGCUCAAUUUCGAAACUCUCAAGGAGACGGCCGGCUAUACGGUAAGAGAUACUGUACUGACACAGUAACCUUGUACGAUUUACAGUUGGUGAACUUGUUCUCUGACUUUGGCGGUAACAUUGGCCUGUGGAUUGGCUUCUCCGUCAUCACCUUCUUGGAGCUUCUCGAGUUCCUUUGCGAGGUAAGACAUUUUUUUUUGAGGGGGGAGGUGAGAGAGAUAUGAGAAGUUGAAGAGAAGAAGGAAAAUGUUUGGUCAAAAGUAGUUUAUUUGUUAUUGGAAAAAUCAGGCUAAAAACGAAGCUUCUGCAUUUUUUGCACCAUUUUUCCUUGUUGCAAACACGUUUCGGGCCCACUUUCAGCCUGUUUUUGGCUUGAAAAUGGUGCCUUGACGGUUAGAAAUGAAUGAAAAACAGUUCUAUACUUCAAAUCUUAAUGUUAAAAAGAGAAAAAAAUUAAGUUUUGAAAAAAAAGUAAGAGUGAAAAUUGGAAGGUAACAAGGCUAUGAUACUCGAGCAAGGUCGGAAUGGUGGAUAAUGGCCGCUAAAAGGGCCGAAAAAAGCAGCAAAAAGGCAGCAAAGAGGCUCAAAAAAGGCCUCAAAAAGGCAGCUAAAAGGCUCAAAAAAGGCCGCAACAAGGCAGCAAAGUGAGUCCCUUUAUCGAGCCCCGCAUUUUUUUUAAGGUUUUGAAGGCUCAAAAAAUGUUGGAAAAAAGAAAGGCAGCAAGAAUGGUGCAUAAAAAACGAUGAAAGGGGGCAAAAAGGCAGCAAAAAAGGAGCCUUUUCCACCCUAAAAGGAACAUUUCUGGAGCCUUUUUCCACCCUUUCUGAUGUUGCCUCAAUAUAUUAGAAGUUAUAAAUCAAUUUGACAAAGUUCGGACUUUCGAUCCCCGGAGUUUUUCUAUGGACAAAUAAUACCAGGAUUUCCAUUUUCCACCCCGAUCAAUAGCCGAUUUCGGAUCCAUUAAUGGAGGAGCCUUUCAAAAAAGUCGAUUGGAUCAAUCGAAAAAAGGAAAAAAAAGUGAGACGCGGAUGUUCCAGGUCGGCUACUACUGUCUCUACAUCAAGCCGAUGCGACUCCAUCGGAAGCUGCUCCGACGGCGGAACCAGGAACAAGAGGACGGAAGCCCGCCGAGGGUCAUCAACCGGAUACUCUACUCGCCCCGCUCGGGACAUCUUCGACGGUCUGAUGACGUCGACGACGACGAUCGACGUUACCGAUUGAAGGACCAUGGCUAG